GCAAACUUUUUAUCGAACAAACUGAGAAAAAUAAAAAACUUCUUUUGGACCAUUCCAAAUAGUUUCACAAAUUUAGAAACAACCCAAAAACAAAUAAAAAUUCCAUUACAAACUCCAUUUCCAAACCUUAACACUCAGAUCAGACUUACACUUAGUCUGUUUCGAAGUCGCCACUAUCGGAACUUUACCUUUAGGUACCGUCCCUUCGAACCCUCCACACGUCACUUUAAUCUCCACACCUUCACUCUUCAGCCUCCCCAUCUGCAUCUUCACCUUCGUCACCAUCUCAAUCACCAACCCCACGCGCGCCCGCGCCAGAUCCGACUUCAAACGCCGCGCCUCCUCCGGAUCCAUCUCACGCGCCGAACCAGACGUGGCGAUCACGCUCCUAAACGACGUCUUGUUCCCGUUACCACUAAAAAAGCCAGGAACCGUGCCGUUCGCUACCACCUCGUUAGAUUUAACGGAUGUGACCGUUACGGCGAAGUGGUCGUAGGAGAAGGUGAGGUGCUGGUUGGGGUUCACGGAGAUCAGCGUGAAGUUGAAGAAGGAAGAGAGGUGGGAGACGGAAGCGUCCGAGGAGGUGGUGAGGUUCACGCGGUUUAUACGGAGGGACGUGACGGAGAAGAGCGGCGGACGCGGGUGGUAGAUGACGUAUACGGCGGUGGCGGCGAUGGAGGCAAUGAGGGCGAGGAUGAGGAGGAUGAGGAUGGACCAGAAACAGCAGCAGCAGCAGACUCGUCGGCAGGUUGGUCGUGAUCGGUGGUGGUGGUGGCGGCUGUAUGGCUGUGGACGGUAGACCGGAGGACGGUUAGACGGAAUGUAGACUUGAGGUUUCUGGUUACCGUUAACAGACGGAGGAGGUGGUAAGAGCAUCUUCAUCGCGCGUAUAUUGAGGGUGCCUUAUGAUUAAAUGAAAAUCAAAAAUACAAAUAAAAGGAAGGGGCGUAUAUUAUUUGGGGUUCGCUGAGGACGGUUUCUCGUGACACGUGUAAGGUAGAUGAGAGGAGAGAGGAGAAACAUUUGUUUUGGUUUGGUUUUUGGUCGGUCUGUAUUCUCUCGAACUCUCUAUUCUCUCGAGAGACCGGCGAAGGCGAUUCCACCUCUCUCCGUGGUUCCUCGACAUACCGUCGAAACUCCCUCUCUCUGCGUCGUCGUCGUGGUUCGUCGACACACCGGCGAGACCCCCUCACUCCUUCUCGUCUUGGCGAAUCGUCCCUCUCUCUCUGUGGAAGUCGUCUCACCGACCGCUCUGUCUCUCUGUGGAUCUAUCAUGCAUGUCUCAUCUCCGUCGCGAUGGAAACGCCGAAGACUUCUCUGAUCCCGAGCUUCCUCUAUUCCUCUUCCACAUCUCCGAGAUCUCUUCUGAGCUCCAACUCCAACGCCGCGUUCACAUCCACCAAUCUCGAGAAGUCUCCUUCUCCGGCCACGACGAUGGUGUCUCGGAAGAGUUUCCUUAUUGCUCCUCCCACGGAGCCAGGGAAGGCGAUCGAGAUGUACUCGCCUGCCUUCUACGCCGCGUGUACCUUCGGUGGAGUUCUCAGCUGUGGUCUGACUCAUAUGGCUGUUACUCCUCUCGAUCUCGUCAAGUGCAAUAUGCAGAUAAACGGAUCAAAUCGAUGUUCAGUGGGAGACGAGGGAGCUUCAUCAAUCCAGGUUAAUUUGGACAGAGUGCUCACGGACGUACCUGUUGUGUCACAGAGAAAGAAGUGUCCUGUUGUGUGAAAGAGAAAGAAGUGUCUUGUUGUGUCAAGUUGGUCACAGACUUGUUGUAAUUUUGUUGUGUCUUGUUGUGUCUUGUUGUGUCAAGUUGGUCACGGACCUGUUGUAAUUUUGUUGUGUCUUGUUGUGUCUUGUUGUGUCAAGUUGGU